AUGGUGCUGUCGGUGCCGGUAAUAGCCCUGGGCGCCACGCUGGGCACGGCCACCAGCAUCCUCGCGCUGUGCGGGGUCACCUGCCUAUGCCGGCACAUGCACCCCAAGAAGGGAGUGUUGCAGCGAGACCUGGAGCCCGACCCGGAGAAGGCGAAGCCCAGCGUGCUCCGGUCCGCCCAACAGUUUAACGUCAAAAAGUCCACAGAGCCCGUCCAGCCCCGAGCCCUCCUGAAGUUCCCAGACAUCUAUGGACCCAGGCCAGCCGUGACGGCCCCGGAGGUCAUCAACUAUGCCGACUACACGCUGAAGACCACGGCAGAGCCCGCUGCACCGGCCAGCCCCCAGGCCCCAAAUGACAGCCGCCUCAAGAGGCAGGUCACGGAGGAGCUGUUCGUCCUUCCCCAGAAUGGUGUGGUGGAGGAUGUCUGUGUCAUGGAGACCUGGAACCCAGAGAAGGCCGCCAGUUGGAAUCAGGCUCCCAAACUUCACUACUGUCUGGACUAUGACAGGCAGAAGGCUGAACUAUUUGUGACUCGUCUGGAAGCUGUGACCAGCGACCACGAUGGAGGCUGUGACUGCUACAUCCAGGGCAGCGUGGCCAACAGCAUGGGCUCCGUGGAGGCCCAGACGGCCCUCAAGAAGCGCGAGCUGCGCACCGCGUGGGAGGAAGGCCUGGCGCUCCCCCUGGCGGAGGAGGAGCUCCCUGCAGCCACCCUGACGCUGACCCUGAGGACCUGCGACCGCUUCUCGCGCCACAGCGUGGUCGGGGAGCUGCGCCUCGGCCUGGAUGGGGUGUCCGUGCCCCUGGGGGCGGCCCAGUGGGGCGAGCUGAAGACUUCAGUGAAGGAGCCGUCUGCGGGGACGGGAGAGGUCCUUCUCUCCAUCAGCUACCUCCCGGCUGCCAACCGCCUACUAGUCGUGCUGAUUAAGGCCAAGAACCUCCACUCUAACCAGUCCAAGGAGCUCCUGGGGAAGGAUGUCUCUGUCAAGGUGACCUUAAAGCACCAGGCUCGGAAGCUGAAGAAGAAGCAGACAAAACGAGCCAAGCACAAGAUCAACCCCGUGUGGAACGAGAUGAUCAUGUUCGAGCUGCCGGAUGACCUGCUGCGGGCCUCCAGCGUGGAGCUGGACGUGCUGGGCCUGGGCGCCGAGGGUCAGAGCUGCAUGCUCGGCCACUGCAGCCUGGGCCUGCACGCCUCGGGCUCCGAGCGCAGCCACUGGGAGGAGAUGCUGAAGAACCCGCGCCGGCAGAUCGCCAUGUGGCAUCAGCUGCACCUCUAG